GUCAGCACAGACUCAGUGCAUGACAUGGCAUGUUGCGCAAGCAAGUGAUGGGCAGACGUCCCAUCAAGCACUUGGCGCAUGACACUCUCCUUCGAUGUAUAUCUGCUUGGGUGGACGUCUUCAGACCGAUUGGACGGUGUCUUCACUCAUCGGCAACAGCUCGGGCGGGACACACACGAGUACGCGGCGUAUCCAACGUGGGACCAUCUACAGACUGCGGAUCAACUCGACUCCGUAUUGCGUGCGAAGCGUAUCCGUGGCGAAAGGCCCCGGAGAUUGUAAAGGUCCAGAGGAGAGCUGAGAGGUGCGAGAAAGAAGUCGAGAACGCUGCCUCAACUCCUGGGUAUCCUGAGGACAUCCGGCCUCGCGUUGUCCCUCCUCGACCACCAGAUCCGGCUUUACUACGCUCUUAUUAUAACGCCGCUCCCGAUGCUCAACAAAUCCUUAUCAGCGCACACUCCCCGUCACCGACCGCCCAUCCCCCACUCCGACCGAGCAACAAUACGAGCCGUCCUAAAGCGCUCCCUCUUCGUUCUCAUAAUGUCGCCAACACCUCAGAUAUGGAUUUGGAACCCCUCAUAUCGGUUGGAGCUACCCAAUUACGAUGUUUGUUCUGUCGAGAACCUUCUCUGCUGCAAUCUCGAGAACAGAUGUCGCCUGACAUCCUGAUGCGGUGGUACUUCUCCGCGAAGCGACUCGAUGAAGAUAUAAUUCUUGCACGCGAAGGAGUCCUGAGCUCGCUCAUUACUUUGUUCGGGAGUCUAUCUCUUGUACAUUCGCCCAUUCCUGGCAGCAAAUGUCAACCCAAUGGAAGAUAUCGGGGCCAUGUCCACGACCUCCACCAACUCACCUCUUGGUUUCAAUGUCAAUCGAACAUCAAAAAUACAUAUUGGACAUAUGUACGCAGACUUGGGAAAGAAAAACACCGUCUGGGAGUUCCGUUGGAUGAACGGGAUACGUAUUGGCUCUUCAUGGCAUUCUUGGGGAAAGCACAUAAGAGCAAAACUGUACUUCGUCGCAAAGUGGCCAUCCGUUCUGCCAGCAAUUGUUUUCCAACCUUGCAGCACUUCCGCAUUCGACAUGUUUACGGCCCCUACAUUUUCGGACUUCUAUCCUCACCGUUAACAGAAGACAUCCUGCAAGAAGCCGUCCGGGCUGUCAUAUCCUACAAUGCAGAUCCCAAACCUGCUGGAUGGAAGAGCUUGCCAUCCUUGUACUGGGAAGUCUGGCUGGCAUGUGCUCAAUGUAAAAUGACACAUCUCGUCGGACCUCUGAUCAACUCCAUCAUUCCGGCAAUGCACCUUCAUUGGAAAACGAACCCCCUUCCUCAAAGAACUGAUGAAAUCGGGACGGCCCCGUUUUUACCCAUCCCGACGGCCACCGACCUGUAUCGUUUCCUCUUGAACGCAAUUCGCCCAGUCGCAGGUUUA